AUGCAGAGAGGAGGAAGGGGAAGAGGAAGAGGAAGAGAAGAUAAUUCUCCCUCUAAGCGAAAUAUCCUCUUAGAUCAGAACCACAACUUUUCACACUCAGAAUUAUUAUCGUCAUCAAAGGUACAUGAUAGUAAUGUCUCCAAUGAUAAUAUUGAUAAUGAUAAUAAUAAAUGGACAAGAGAGUCAGCAGGGAGCAGUACAUCAUCGCCUACCUCUUCUUCACAAGCAUCAGGGGCUGGGAGUUCGUUAACAUUUGAAGGUUCUGCUGCCGCUGCUGCUGCUUCCGUAAAUGUGGACCGUGAUGGAAAUCUCUUCCAGGAGAAGAUACGUUUACUGAAAGAAUCCAUGCAAAGACAACGUGCGACGCUUGAAAAGAAGCAAAAGGAGAAAGAAUCUCGCACGUUGAUGAACACCAAACAUCAGUCACCCAAAUCAAAGAUCCAAAUAACAUCAUCUACCGAUAGAAGGGGUGAGGAGAAGUCUGGUUUGGGGACAAGAUUGAAUAGAAGAAAGAAGGAUAUGAAAACAUCAGAAAUGUACUUCUCUAUUCCUCCUCCAAGGACAGAACACAAGGGUGUAGUGGAAAAAGGCACAUUAGAUCCAAUGAAUGUGAAGAAUACACCAAAGAAAAGAAAAGAAGAUUGUGGUACUCUUGAAAAAGAGAGAAAUUUGACGUCUUCACCUGUGCUGGAAGUGGUAGUAGUAGUAGAAGAAGAAGACUCACCAUUACAUGUUGUGCAGGAGAGAGAACCAACCACCAAAGAGAAUAUCUCUGUAGCAGCAGAAGCAGGAGGAGGAAGAGUAUUAACUUCACUACAGACCAAAGACAGUGGUACUGUUUCCUCUUCUUGUAAUGCCGAUAAAGAUAAAGAUGAUGAUGAUGAUAAACAGAAAGAUCAAGAGGAGAAGAAGGAUAACGAAAUGAAGAGGAAUGAAAAACAAGGCAGCAACAGUAAAAGUACUGUUACUGCUGCUACUGCUACUACUACUACUACUACUACUACUACUACUAAUACUACUACUACUACUAAAUCCGCAAAGAGAAUUCAGAAGCCAGGUACACAGAACGUCACUUCACAAUCUCAUCACAGUACUAAUAAGCUGCACGAUGCGACCACCCAGACGAAUCUGAUAAGAAGUCGAAUAGUGCUACCGAAACGAACUGCUGAGAUACGAACUCUUAGAGCCCCUUCAGAGUGCAGUCUCAACAGUCUCAACAGUAACAACAACAAUAAUAGCAAUAACAAGAAGAAUGACGUUCGAUUGAGUGACCGAUCACGUUAUAAUCGCUUGACAGGUUUAGAUGGGUCAAUUCCUUCUUUUAACACUGAGACGAAACGAGCAUACAGGGGGUUUAACUUAGCCGAUGCUUGUGGGAAUGAAAAUGAUGACCCUAAUAAACCAGAACCCCGUAAAAAAGGAAGUAAAACAACGGGGUUAAAAGAAGAAGAAGAUAUUGAACAGUUGCUUAAUUAUUCUACAGAUACUGUUCUUGAUGUUGAGAAUCAUUUAAUGAGUUCUGAAAAUGUGAAUGAAGGCACUAUGCGAGUGGUUCGUAGGAGAAACAGUACACCAAGUUGUCUUUCUGAUAAACAGGGAUCUAUAAGAUACAAAACGAGUAGUAGUUGUGGUAGUAGUAGUAGUAUCAAUAGAAAAAGUUGUAAAGAUGAUGAUGGUGAUGAUAAGGAGAGUGAUGUUUUAGAUGAACGAUCUCAUUCUCCCAAUCCUGUGGGUCCCUGGGAAGAAAAAGCCAUUGAUCCUCGCAUAUACGUUCCAUCACGUUCUCAUUCUCGUUCUCCAUCAAAUACACAUGAUAAAUUGCAAUCAACUUCAAAACUGGAAGGUAUAAGCUUUGCACAUCAGCGUUAUUCUCUUAUUCGGCUGAUCCGAUUAAUAGAUGAAGAGCUUCAUCGAUUAGAGAGUGUUCCAUGGUCCAGAUCUCUACGUCAAAGGGGUGGAUCUUAUAAACUUAAUACAGAACGUUUUAAACUAAUCCGUGCGCGUAAACACUAUGAAGCGGAAUUGCAACGACUAUUAAAAACCGUUGUGCAUUUCUCUGGAUCUGCACAACCAUCAACACCACCGCCAUUACCGUUAUCAUCAAUCUCAACAUCAUCACCACAACGUGAGCGAAGUACUUCUAAACCUCGUCAUGGACCUUCUGUUUACGAGGCUUUAUUACGGGAAAACUAUCAUAAUAAUCAACAAAGGAGACAGGGACAGGGAAAAAGUGAUAUGAUAAAGGGAAAAACACAUUCUGGUACUGUUGUAAAUAAAGGAGAUACAGUUUCAAAGCGUACUAUAAAAGUUGGUGGAAAUAAUGAAAUGAAUAAUGCUAUUACCUUACCUCCAAGGUCAACUACACAUAUGAAGUCUAGACCAGAUUCACACACUAUGGAAAGGAGUAACCGCAGUAAGAGUCUUACGGAUAAUAGAAAUCUCUUGAGAGAAGGUGGGAGUGAACUGCGAAGAAGUAGAAGUUCCAUUUCAUUAGACGCCAAUAGAAUGGCAGCACUGUAUAGACGUAGUGCUUCAUCAUCCCGACGCGGUGAGACACCAAGGCGAGAUUUAACAAUGAUGGGUGUUUCACCAACCGAAGAUAUUUCUCAUGGUAUGGACCGUAAUGCUCCACUAUACUGGCGACUAGCACGAGAACAACGAAGUACACAGAGACGCAGUGAAACUCCUUGUGAAAUGAAUAAAUAUCCAUCCAACUGCACAUCAACGCCUAUACCUGCACACGAACGGAGUGGUAUUGUUAGCCAUAAUACUUCUGAGACAGAACUCUGCUCAGAUAUUCCUGCUGAUCGCUACUACUGCGCAGAAUAUGAUGAGGAGGAGGAUGUGAUGAGAGAUGAGUGGCGGAACUCAACACGGAGAAGAGAUACGGUAUCCUCCGCAGCACGAGGAAGAAGUAGAUCAGCACUGAAGAAACAAGAGGCGUCCAUUAUAAUGGAACGACCAUCUUCAACCGUACAAUCGCGAGAAAUUCAACAAGAGCAACAAGGGAAAGAAAAGAAACGUCUACUAUCCUCACAGGCGUUACAUCCUCAAUUCCCCACCCACAGAGGAGGUGUAAGACUCACUGGAGUGAUGGGUACUUUGGGAAAAGAAAGAAAUGUCCAAGCUGGUCUUUGUUACCAACUUCGUGCCCCCACUUUACAAACAACCCCGGAAAAUAGUGAGGUAAAAGAUUUAUAUUUUCGUCCCGAAUCCAUCUCACGUAUAGGGGGUUCUGAGACUACCACUGUUCUCCCGCAGCCUCUUUCAAAUGAGGAACAACUGACAGCAUAUCUUAAGAUGGAAGAGAGGCAAAGACGUCAGCAGGGUACAGGCGGACAUGUAAACUACGCUCCGCCAUUAUCACACUUGUCAUUAAAGGAGGAACGACUAAAGCAAUCAGAUAAUAGUCUUUUCGUCCAUCACUCCAGUGCAAGCAUUGACACUUUUGUUGCUACAGGUCCCCCCACAUCAUCAUCAUCAUCCUUGUUGUUGCCGCCGCCAACAUCUACAGCGAAUAAAGAUUCUACCGCGGAACAAUUUCAUUCCAAGAACGAGUUUUUAACGAGAAAAAGAGAUGAGGUGAUAUGGACAUCACCACUCUGUUCUCAAACUUCCCCACCGAUUCUCGAGUCCACACCACCACCAUCACCAAAAAAACCCCAAAAAACCACCACCACCCAUCAAUCAGGCCAUCGUUCACACCACCGAGAAGGUGAUAAUAAUAAUAAUAAUAAUAAUAAUAAUAAUAAUUAUUAUUAUUAUUAUUAUUAUUAUUAUUAUAAUAAUAACAAUAAUACUGACAAGCGAUCUCCAUCUAUGGUAGUAUACCGGGAUCCAAGUGAACCAUGGCGUCUAAAUGGGGAAGAGGGGUAUACCACGGAGGACAGGACACCACCCUCUAAGCAACAAGAACAACAAAAACGACGACGCGAACAAGAACAAGAGAAAACGGAUAAUUCCCCACAUUUCUCAGAAGUUCGGGUAUCACCAUUGACGGAGUACAGCGGAGGUGAGGGAUCGCCCAUGACGGAGUUUAGGCGAAGGAAGCCAAAUAAGAGUAUGGAAAGAGAACCAGACUUCAGAAAGGUGAUGACACGGUAUAACCGGCGAUCUCUUUCUAAUUCCCGUUCACCGCCUCAACAGGAACGGGAGACGAAAUAUAUGAGGGAACGCUCUACUGGUACAGUGCCAUCCAUUUUUUUCACUGACAAGAUACAGAAGAGACAGCUGGGUGAUGAUCGUACGAAUGAGAUUCUUCAUCCACAUAUUCCUUCUCCCAUGAAGCUCACUCCCAAACAGAUUGUGGGUGGGGGUAGAGGUAAUACAUUACGUCAAGUUAUUGGACAUGAUGAGAAAACUACUUGCCCUUCAAAGGUAAGUAACAAACAUGAUGAAACGAAUAAUGGUUUAAGUUCAACUGAGUUGUUGCUGAGUCGCAUAAAGCAAAUACGAGCACAAAUGAAUUGA